CGUGUUGCAUUGUGGGAUAGAUGUCAAGGGUCAGAUUUUACCCAGCGUCGAUUUUUGGUGUGUUUUUACGUCGUUUUGACGUUUUCUGUGUCAAUAAAGGACGUUGGUUACGCCAGUUUAUAGUCUUGGAAUACCUGAAGUCAAAAUGAGCUCAGAGGGGAAGAGAAAAGACAGAGAAAGAGACGACGACAAGUAUUCAAAGCGACAGAGACGUAAGAGCAGCAGUGAGAGUGAGUCCGACGAUGACAACUAUGUGCCGUAUGUACCGGUUAAGGAGAGGAGAAAACAACAGCUGGAGAAGGUGCAGAAGUACCUACAGAGCAGGACUGUAGUUAAAGGGCAGGAGGAAGAGAAGGAAGAAGAGAAUGAGACAGUAGAAGAAAUCACAGCAGGACCCAAGUCAAAUGUCAGUCUCCUGGACCAGCAUAGCGAACUCAAGAAGAAGGCUGAAGCCAAGAAAGAGACAGCAGUGGACAAGCAGCUUGCAGAAGAAGAGAAGAUCUUGGAGAGUGUUGCACAGGCACAGGUCCUCGCUUCUGUGAAGGAAAUUGCCAAGGGCAUUACAUAUGAAGCCUCCAUGAGGACCAGUUGGACCCCCCCACGCCACAUCCUCCAGAUGCCGGAGAGCCGCCACGAUAGAGUCAGGAAGAAACUACACAUCCUGGUAGAAGGGGAUGAGAUCCCACCUCCCAUCAAAACAUUUAAGGAGAUGAAGUUUCCCAGGGGGGUCAUCCAUGCACUGAAAAAGCGGGGUAUCCACCACCCCACCCCUAUUCAGAUCCAGGGUCUCCCUGCCAUUCUGUCAGGUAGAGACAUGAUAGGUAUAGCCUUCACCGGUUCAGGGAAGACUCUGGUGUUCUGUCUGCCCAUGAUCAUGUUCAGUCUGGAGCAGGAGAAACGUCUGCCCUUCACCAAGAACGAGGGACCCUACAGUCUCAUCAUAUGUCCUUCGAGAGAGUUGGCCAGACAAACCCACCAGUUCAUCACACAUGUGGGCAAGUACCUGGAAGCAGAUGGAAUGCCUGCCAUGAGAACCAUGUUGUGUAUUGGUGGAGAGUCAGCUAAGGAUCAAUUUGAACAGUCAAAAAGAGGUGUCCACAUGAUGGUGGCCACCCCAGGUAGACUGAUGGACAUGCUGAAUAAGAAGGCCUUCAACCUGGACACCUGUCGCUACCUGGUUCUGGACGAGGCUGACAGGAUGAUUGACAUGGGCUUCGAGGAGGACAUCAGGACCAUCUUCUCUUACUUCAAGGGACAGAGACAAACCCUGCUGUUCAGUGCCACCAUGCCCAAGAAGAUCCAGAACUUCGCGCGGACGGCCCUGGUCAAGCCGGUGACCGUGAACGUGGGGCGUGCGGGCGCGGCCAGUCUGGACGUGAUACAGGAGGUGGAGUACGUCAAACAGGAGGCCAAGAUCGUGUACCUACUGGAGUGUCUACAGAAGACUUCACCUCCGGUUUUAAUCUUUGCUGAGAAGAAAGCAGAUGUAGAUGACAUCCAUGAGUACCUGCUACUGAAGGGAGUGGAGGCUGUGGCCAUCCACGGGGGAAAAGACCAAGAAGAAAGAACCCGCGCUAUCGAGGCUUUCCGAGAGGGAAAGAAGGACGUUCUAGUGGCGACUGAUGUGGCGUCCAAGGGGCUGGACUUCCCCGAUAUCCAACAUGUCAUCAACUUUGACAUGCCAGAGGACAUCGAGAACUAUGUGCACAGGAUUGGUCGUACCGGCCGCUGCAGUAAGACCGGCAUCGCUACCACCUUCAUCAACAAGGCGUGUGACGAGUCCGUCCUGCUGGACCUGAAACACCUGAUUGGUCGUACUGGCUGCUGCGGUAAGACUGGCAUCGCUACAACGUUCAUCAACAAGGCGUGUGAUGAGUCCGUUCUGCUGGACCUGAAACAGCUGAUUGGUCGUACUGGCCGCUGCGGUAAGACCGGCAUCGCUACUACCUUCAUCAACAAGGCAUGUGAUGAGUCUGUCCUGCUGGACCUGAAACACCUGAUUGGUCGUACCGGCCGCUGUGGUAAGACCGGCAUCGCUACCACCUUCAUCAACAAGGCAUGUGAUGAGUCUGUCCUGCUGGACCUGAAACACCUGCUGCUGGAGGCCAAACAGAAGAUCCCGCCUGUCCUGGAGACUCUGGAGUCUGAGAGUGAGAAGUACCUGGAACUCAGAGGAGAGAGAGGCUGUGCGUACUGUGGAGGUUUGGGCCAUCGUAUCACCGACUGUCCCAAACUGGAGGCCAUGCAGAACAAGCAGGCCAGCAACAUCGGGCGCAGGGACUACCUGGCACACAACGCAGCAGACUACUAA